UUACAAUCUCGAGGAAGCCAUUCACCCAUGUGCAAAAUGUCAACAUGUCACAACUAAACCCCGGAAAGAAAUAAAGAGUUCUGAAAGAUGUUAUUAUGGAGGAGGAGGAGGUAGUUUUAGAGUUUGAAGCGAUUCUUGGCAACGGAUCCUUCGGCAUUGUGUAUCUGAUCAAGGACAAGGAGAAUCGAAGGUAUGCUGUGAAAAGAAUCAACUUUCAGGGUCAAGAGUCAGAGCGAACACAGGCCUUGAGAGAAGCAGAACUUCUGUCCAAGGUACGAAACGAAUACAUUCUCAACUACAUCGAAUCAUUUGAAGAUGACGAGUGUCUAAAUAUAGUAACAGAAUACUGUGAUGGGGGUGACCUUGAGGUGUAUUUAAGGAACAGAAAUGGGAAGAGUCUGCCUGAAGUUCGAAUCUGUCACUGGAUUUACCAGAUAGCAUCAGGACUACAGUACCUUCACGGACAGAAGAUUCUCCACAGAGAUCUGAAAGCCAAGAAUAUUUUCCUGAUGAGUGACCUUUCUCUGAAGCUGGGAGACCUAGGCAUCGCAAAGUUACUUGAGCUGAAUCAAAGUAAAGCGGAGAGUUUUGUCGGGACACCUGCUUACAUGAGCCCAGAAUUAUUCAAACAUUUACCCUAUAACCACAAAUCUGAUAUAUGGAGCUUUGGAUGUUGUUGCUAUGAAAUGGUUGCCUUGCAAAAAGCCUUUGGAAAUGACAGCUUGUUUGCUCUCUGUAAAAAGGUCUGCAGCAAUGAG